AUGGGGAUAUCGCUGGGCUGGGUCUGGAUCCUUCUCCCAGUUUGCCAGGCUCUGGUUGUCCCCAGGGAGGUCAGCAGCCGGACAGGGGAGACCCUCUCCAUCCGCUGCUGGUACCCCCGGGGCUACGAGGGCUACAACAAGUACUGGUGCCAGGGGGACAGCCGAGACUCCUGCCACAAGGUGGUGGAGACGAAGGGCAGGGAAGUGCCCUGGCAGCACGGCCGGGUCUCCAUUGAGGACAACCAUGUCUUCUGCGUGGUCCUGCUCACCGUCAAAGAUGUCUCCAAGGAGGAUGCUGGGAACUACUGGUGCGGAAUUGAGAGGACGGGCAGGGACCUGAUGGAGCCGGUGACAGUGAGGGUCGUCCCAGCUGCACUGGGUAACCUGGCAGCUCCCCAGGCCACCCGCACCCCCACCCCCUGGAUCUCCAACACCACGAUGGAUUCCCCCCUACCCACCAACACCACCAUCACAGGCCCUGGACAGCCAGCCCUGAGCAUCCUGGUACCCAUUGUGGUCCUGCUCUCCCUCCUGGUUGCCACUGGUUCUGUUGGGCUCCUCUGCACCCGGCGCAGGAGGAGGGGAGCCCCCUACAAGCCGGGCACCACCGCAGAGCCGGACCAUUGCCCCAUCUAUGACAACGAGCUGGACCUGGCACAGUUUGGCUGCAGUGACACAGAGCAGGACCCCGAGCUGGAGGACCACGGUAUCCAUACGAACGCCCUGUGUCUUCAGGAGAAGACGAUGGGGAUGCCUGGUCGACAUUUCCCGGGAGAAGCAGCUCCCUACUUGUCCUAG